AUGCUUGGGACAAACAAAAUGUCCAUGUGGCUCUUGACGGGCAUGUCAGCUGUCACCACGGUGUUCUUCAACCUCUACAUCUUCUUGAUGAGCUUGUACAACUCCAAGCAGAGGAAGCAAUGGAGCCCCAGUGAGACCAUCAUCGUGGCUUUGUCCUUGACAAACAUCACUCACCAGCUCGUCUGCUACUUCUGGAUGACCAUGGAUGAGGUGGACAGCAAGUGUCACGUCGCCCAGAUGCCCUACACUGUCAUGCUGGUCGUCACCUUCAGUCUGAAGUUCACCAUCAUGUGGGACAGCAGCUUCCUGACAUUCUACUACAGCACCAAGUUGGUGAGCACGCCCAACCGGUGCUACACACACAUCCAGGCCACCAUCAUCAAGCAUGUGACACUAGCUGUGUUUGUCAUCCCUCUGUGUGGCCUGGCCACCUGCAUGCCCAUGCUGGUGGUGUUCCACCCCGCCAACGACACCACAGAUGACAAAGACUGCGGGGUGUUAAUGCCUGACACAAAGCCCGGAAAGAUUUACGAGGCCCUCUAUCUGAUCCUUGCGGAUGUGUUGCCGGGCAUGUUCAUGGUAAAAUGCUGCAUCUCCAUCUCAGUGCACCUGGCGGUCCAUCUCCGCCACAUGAAGGCCAGCACCAACGGCGCUCACGUCCCAAAGCUGGGCACUCAGAUGAGGGUGAUCCAAAUGGCACUCUCCCUAGUGGCCGUCUUCCUCCUCUUCCUCGUGGUCGACCUGUACGUUAACUAUCAGAUAGCAGUGCAUCACGAGAACGCCAUCACGCUGACGUUUUUCUUCACGUCCAUCUAUACCACCGUUUCUGCCAUGGUGCUGAUCUAUGGGAAAAAAACGCAUUGGAACGCUCUGGCCCAUGAAUGUAACGUCUGCACGGAUGCAUAUCCGUGUUUGACAUGCGUGAAGGUGCCUGAGCGGAAAGACCGAUCCAGCAGCACCCAUGCAAGGAUCAAGAGCUGA